AUGCUCCUCCUCUUCCUCCUCCUUGUCGUGGCAACAUCAUCAACGUCACCCGUGACCGGAGUUGAGGAGGCGCUGCCGGUGGUGAAUCCCAUCUCCUGCUUAUGCAACUCGACGACCAGCGCUGCGCGCACCUACCUGCCCAGCAGCAGAUUUGCGGCCAACCUCGCAAGAGCCUCUCUUUCUGUCCCGGCGAACGCUUCGGCGUCCGGCGGCUUCUUCAAGGGAUCCAUAGGUGCCGCUCCGGACACGCUCUACGCCCUCGCGCUAUGCCGCGGAGACAUCCCACCGGCAGACUGCGCGUCGUCGUGCCUCGAAGCGGCGUUCCAGUACCCGCAGGUCCUGUGCAACCGCAGCAGGGACGUGACCUUGUACUACGACCAGUGCCAGAUCCGGUUCUCCGACCAGGACUUCCUCGCCGGCGCCGGGAACGAACCGGAGACGGCAGCGACGAACAUGGACAACAUCAGCGUGCCCGUCUUCCCCGGGUGGGACCCCGGGAAUGGGGACAGCGUCUCCUUCAUUCGUCACCGGCACCGUGUAUACGUUGCUGCGCGAGACGGCCAAGCGGGCGGCGUACAACUCGUCGGGGAGGUUCGCCACCACUCGCAUGGUGGCUGGCGGCACCUUCCCGACGCUCUACUCCCUGACGCAGUGCACGCCGGACUUUCCCCCGAUGCUUGCUUCGGCUGCCUCGAGGACAUCAUCCAGCAGUCUUUCAAGUGGUUUGAUGGGAGGCAAGUAGGGCGGAUCCAAGGGGUGCGCUGCGUUAUCAGGUACGAGACGGACGCAUUCUUCGUUGUUGACGAGCACACGCGCUACAUCGGGCCCACCAAGUCAACCUCAACGUCGUCGCCACUAGCAGAAAGCACGGGAAAUGGAAGCAGAAGCAAGAUUAUGCUCAGUAUUAUUGCAACAGUAGUUGCUUUGCUGAUGCUUCUAUUAUGUUCUAUCAUUGGCUUUGGUUGGAUCAGGGCACAUAGAAAAGGAAAAGUGCUCUUGCAAGACAAUUCAGUGGUGAAUUUGCAAGAAGAAGAAGCAUUUGUUUGGACGGUGGAAGGAAACAUCAGUUCAGAGUUCUCGUUGUUUGACGUUGCACAAAUACAGGAGGCUACAAGCAACUUCUCUGAUGACAACAAACUUGGUCAAGGUGGCUUUGGGCCAGUUUACAAGGGGAAAUUACCUAAUGGACAAGAGAUUGCGGUUAAGAAGCUUUCCACAAAUUCAGGACAAGGUUUCAUAGAGUUCAAAAAUGAAGUCCAACUUAUUGCCAAACUACAGCAUACAAAUCUGGUUAGACUUCUGGGAUGCUCCAGUCAAAGGGAAGAAAAACUGCUAGUCUAUGAGUAUUUGCCGAACAAAAGCUUGGACUCAUUUAUCUUCGAUAAAAAGGAGAAAAGGGCUCUACUUGAUUGGGAAAAACGCCAAGCCAUAAUCGAGGGAAUAGCACAUGGACUCCUUUAUCUGCAUAAGCAUUCCCGGUUGCGUGUAAUACAUAGAGAUCUAAAAGCAAGUAACAUUCUACUGGAUAAGAAUAUGAAUCCUAAAAUCUCAGAUUUUGGGUUGGCAAAAAUUUUCAGCUCAAACAACAGCGAAGGAAACACGAACAGAGUGGUGGGGACAUAUGGUUACAUGGCUCCUGAGUAUGCAUCCGAGGGUUUCUUUUCAAUCAAGUCCGAUGUGUUCAGUUUCGGUGUUCUACUCCUUGAGAUUGUGAGUGGAAAAAGGAACUCUGGUUUUCGUCUAAAUGGCGGUUUCCUCAAUCUCCUAGGAUAUGCCUGGGAGCUGUGGACAGAGGGAAAAUGGCAUGAGCUAGUAGACACGUCACUGGCCAUGGAGCAUUGCAAAUCAGAGUUGUUAAGGUGCAUUAAUAUUGCAUUAUUGUGUGUCCAAGAGAAUGCAGACGAUCGACCUGCCAUGUGGGAUGUUGCUACAAUGCUUAGUACAGAGGGUGUGCCGCUGCCUGAGCCAAAGCAUCCAGCAUACUACAAUGUAAGGGUGACAAAUACAGAGGCACUGGAUAUAGAUCUUGAGCUAUAUAGUAUCAACGAAGUGACCAUCACAGCCCAACAAGCCCGAUAGUCAUCUCUUUCAUUUCAUUGUUGAUGAUUUUGGUCCUGGAAGCCGUUGGAAAUUAGGAGAUUGUAUCUUGAAGGGUGAUUGUGAGUGUGUGAUCGAUGCUAAAAGAAAGCAACACCAUCGGAAUUAGGAACUCACAUGGAGCAUUGUGCAUAAGCCUUCUGACAUGGAUGAUUACUGUUCCACUUGAAAAUGUUGGUUUAUCAUUGUGUGCUAACUAAA